GAUUAUUGGAGGUAAGACUGGAAAACAACUUUUCUCAGAAGCUGUUUAUGCAGUUGAUUUGCAGUAUUUGGAAAAAUGUUUUUGAACCAGAAGCUUUGGAUUUUCACCGUGUUUCUGGCAGUUCUGUCAGGUGUAAGUGCCAUCAAUGUGCACAUCAGUAAAGAAAACUACGAGGUACUGAAGGGUGACAGUGCCACGCUGACCUGCACCUUUCAGUCCACUAUCACUCCACAACUUGCAAUCAUCUCAUGGUCUGCUGUGGGUACACAACCUGAUGAUCAGGAGGUCCUGAUCAUCACCCACUACUACCCAAUGAAACGCACUGAUGUGAAACCAGCGUAUGCAGGCAGAUUUCUCCUGAAUGUGGAUGUCUUGAGGGGAAAGGCCAUGCUACGACUGUCCUCUGUCACAUCAGCAGACGACAAGAUAUAUGAGUGUCGUGUCCUGAUCCCAGGUGACGACGAAGGAAAGUCAGCUGCCACCACUCGCUUGGUUGUCAAUGAGCCUGUAUCCAAACCAGUUUGUGGGAUCCAGGGAACAGUGAGGUCGGGUGAGAACAUCAAUCUGACCUGCCACUCCGAGAAAGGUUCUCCACCACCCUCGUACAGAUGGGAGAGGUGGCACGAGAGCGUAGGAUCCAAGCGUCGCUUCAUGGCCCACACAACAACUCAAAAUGGAGGAGUUCUGUCUCUGUACGAUAUCUCCAAUGACACAUCAGGCUUGUACUACUGCAUGUCAUGGAACAAAAUCCGCACUUCAACAUGCGAAGUCCACCUCUCAGUCUUACUGGAUGACUCUCCGGGAUCUGAUGUUUUCGGAGCUGUUGGUGGAGCUGUAGCUGGAGUUGCUGGUGCUGCUGCUGGAGCUGUUGCUGGAGUUGCCGGAGCUGCUGCUAGAGCUGCUGCUGGAGCUGCUGCUGGAGCUGCUGGAGCUGCGUCUGGAGCUGCUGCUGGAGUCUUGGUAUCAAUUGCUUCUGUUGCUGACAAAAUAAUACUGGGGGAUGGAAACAAUAAUUAAGGACAAACGCCUCCAAAAUCAACCUAGCUAGCUAAAUGAUCUCUCUAAAGGAUAAAAUAUAUUCUUUUUCCUGCUUAGUUGCAUAAUUCCAAACAGCCCAUAUCUGCUGUGCUUAGAUCAAAUCAAACCAUCGUAUCAUUAAGACUUACGUUACACACAAAUAUGAAGAUUUGAUUGUGGUCUUGAGUCUGAAAUAGUUUUUACAGGCCAAAGUCAUGUGAUUUGUAGAGAUGAUGUGAAAACCUGUUUCAUGCAAACCAUGAAUACAUAUACUUGCAUUAUUGUUGGAAGUAAUGUUCACAUACAGUCAAACUUCAGUGUUUGUUCAUUUUUUUCAUGAAAUACUGCAAAUAGAAGUUUUGUAGAAAGGUUACGGCGAAUUGUUUGUAAAUUGUCAUGCAAUAAUGAUUGUUCCAAAUACUAAUCCACAACAGGAAUAAUGAAAUUAUCUCUGGAUAUGUCAUCAGUAAUAAAGAGUCUGGUCAUAUUAAUAUGAAAUAAAGUAUAUUCCAGUGAAAUGUAUUACAUUUUUUUGUGGAUUCUUUACUUGAAAUAAAAAAUGCUUAUUUUAGCAUAAAUGCAUAUAAAAUGUAUUUCCUUUCACUACCUGCUACUUUUUCAUAACAUUUGAGUGUGAAUCUUGUUGCCUAACUUUGCACUGUCAUAUAUAAUGGCAAUAAAAACAUUUUAGGCAUGGCACCUCAGACUUUUGCUUUUCUGUUGAUAUGUGUGCUGUGCUGUGAUCACUUCUUUCAUGUCCAACAUUAUUGUACUGGCAUAACUAUUCGCAAUAUUAAA